AUGUGCGCCGCCUGCGUUGACGUGCUCCUCGAGCUAUAUCGCACGUCGAUCGCUCCACCUCGUCCAUCCGCCACCAUCCUCUACCUCAUUCCCAUCGCAGUCUUCACUGCCACACGCUGCUGCCCUUCCGCCCUUCCGCCUUACCGCAUCAACAUCGCAGCACCAACCCUCGACCACGCCUCGACCACGCCUCGACCACGCCUCGACCACGCCUCGACCACGCCUCGACCACGCAAGUCGCUGCCACACGCUCGCACAGCCCAUCUCGAUACCCAAGCAGCAGCAGCACCGAGCCGAAUCAGCGCAGUCCACCUCACCACCUCGCUUCCACCGCUGUCCCUGCCCCGCCAUCCACAUCUUCGCCUCAACACAUCCCUCCCUUCUUCCAUCCCCACCAACUCGGACUCAGCCACCAUGAAGCGCUGGAAACAGGUCAAGGACCAGCUCGACGCAAAGCGCAAUCCAUCUUCCAGCAACAACAACAAUGCUAAUCAACCUCCACCAGCGCAGCCCUACAUGGGAGGGGGCAUCUCCUCCGCCUCCUUCUCCGAUCUUCGCCAGCUCCCGUCCCAAGCCUCGACAUCCAGUCUUAUGCCGCCAAUCACCAAAAGCGCAAGUCGCACCUCCCUCGACAUCCCAGGCCGUCUGAGCAACUUCAUCAACAAGUCCACCUCCAGCUUGGACAUCGGCGCCUCGGCCAUCGGCGGCAAUUCAAACAAAGUCACCAACGUCUUCCGCAAGUUCCCACGUCCAAGAGUCGGAAGCACUUCAAGCUUUACCCACAACGACGCAGCUUCUCCCUCAGCUUCCUCGCCAUCCAAGGCCAACAGCCCCCGCAAAUGGGUCAACAGCCUCUUGAAUCAGGCUGCCCCCGGCUCACAUCACCUCGAGACAGCAGCACAGGCUCGCUCACGCGCACUCUCCGACGCUUCCCGCCCCUCACCCGCACCCGUCAGCGCUCUCGUCCUCUCCCACGACGACCCUCCCUCCACCACAUCCCCACGCAUCUACACCAUCGACUCGGGUCUGCAGCGACGUCCCUCCGCAGGCGGCAGGUCAGCCAGCAUCUACUCGUCCCACCUCAGCGCCGCUUCUCGCUCCACUCCCGACCUCCACAACACCUCCGUCACCCGCCAUCGCGACAAUGGCGCCCUCCUCAUGGACCUCGCCUCCCCGCUGCCCUCGAUCGCCAACCGUCGACCCAAUCCUGACGCUGCAGACACCCACUCGCCUCUCGUCGUUCGCAACCUCGACGAGGCGCCCCGCGGCACCUUUACCCCUGCCAUCCCAGCGCCAUCCGCCUCUGCUCAGCUUCGCACCGUCUCGCGACUCCGCAAUCCUUGGUCCGCCGCAGACUCUCCGCGCAUCCAGUCAGAAGAGGACGACAAUGUCGACGCAUCCAUCGCGCACGAUCGCUCCACCAACCAGAUCGACCCCGCAGAGCGCGCCGUGCUCGACAUGCUCGACUCCGCUUCCGGCGUCGGCAGCGCAGUAUCCGCCCCCGUCCCGCCCACGCCGUACCACACUGCCACCCCAGGCACUCUCGCCAGGUCACGAUCCUUUGCCACAACAACAAAGUUCGACAGCCCCGCCUCCGAGUACAGCCAGGACUUCCGCUCCCCCUUCCUCGCCGGCACAUCCUCGCCCGCUGCAGGUGUCCGGGCGGCCAUCCGCCAGCGAGAGCUCCUGGAUUCCAACGUAGGCAAGCCCGCCUCGCUCUCGCCCGUCCCACACAGUCGCUCCGCCCUGUCCCCAAAGACCAUGGCUUUCCUCGAUACCGUCUCCACCGCCGAUGCAGAACCGAUCCGCGCAAGCCAGACCUCCUCCGCUUCCUUCUACCAGCGAGGUGCAUCCGCUUCCACUUCGGAUGUCAGGUCGAAUGCGGCCAACUCUGGCUUCAAGCGCAUCUCCCGCGUACCCGUGCCGCAGCCCGAGGUGCACCUUGCUUCGCCACCCGCAUCCGCCAGCUCCAACGUUUUCCCCAGGCGCGGCACCAAUGCUUCCACACACUCGCAUCUGCCCAUCUCGCCCAUGGACAGCAGCCUUCUCGGCUCGUCAGCACACGCCACCAGUCUCUGGAGCAGGCCUGGCAACAUGCCAGACACUCCUUCCACUUCUCAGGACGUCACAUCGCCCACGCCCUGGUCCGCCAACUCGCUCGCUCCCAACAAGCACCACACCCAGUCGCACCAAUCCCAGGCAGCGAGGGACAUGUACGCGCUCGAGCCCGUCGUCACUCCGAGCGAGGUCGAAGAGGACGAGGAGCGCCUCUCGGACACUCUGCGCCCCAGCAGCAUCAUGCCCAAGCUGCGAAGGAAUCAGACCGACUUUACAGAGGCCACCAGCAUCUUUUCCGGCGCAGAGGCCUUCCGCACCUCGGAGAACAGUCUGCAAAAAGAGGCCAUCGCCGAAGACCCCGCCCCCGCGUCUACAGAGAAUGCAGCAGAUACGGAGGCGCCAGCGUCGUCAUCGUGGGUCGCUGGAGCUCGCCCGCUUUCCCAUGUCGGCUCGGUCUCCAGUUCGCUGGCUGCGCUCAGAGGCAUCAUCUCCAAGGCUGCUUCCUCUGCACUUCCCUUGACCGGCGCAGCUGCACCAACAUCAGACUCACCAUCCAGACCAGCCACAAGCGGCGACACCGCCUCCGCCACCUCGGUCGCCGCAGCUACCAAAGAGUUCGAGCAGCGCCUGACCAGCUCCAUACCCUCGAGUCCUGAGAAGCUCUCCAUCCCCUCAUCACCGACCAAGGCAAAGGAUCUCAUCAAGAUGUUCGAGAGCACUUCGGGCACGAACUCGCCUUCCGAUCUAUCGCAGUCCAUCUCGCGCAGCCGGCUCUCGCCCACAAAGUGCACGCCCUCGGCUACCAGCAGCCUCAAAAACACGCCCAAGCGUCCCGCACCGCUCGCGAUUUCCAUCUCCAGAUCCAACCUCGGCCUCGCAGCUUCACCCGCAGCGUCCGAGCUGGGUGCGGAAGAGGCUUCUCCCGUGGCGACCAAAUUGCGCGCGCAGCGAUACGAGGCCGGCCGGUUCCGUGCAAGACGUGCCGGUCUCGUCGGUGUGGGAGGCGGAGGCGAUGACGCCAGCUUUGCAGACGAUAACGACGACGAUGGUGCCGACGAGAACGCAGCACCCGAAAGCGUCUUGAGUGAGACAAGGAGCGCCAGUGGCCGAUUCCGCUCGCUUGGCGUCGCUUCGCAGCACACACGCUCCCAGUCCACCCCAAGCGACAUCAACGGAAACGUACUCGGAGAUGGAACGGUCUCCUCUCCACCCAGACCAAACCCGAUCGGCGGCCGGUCCGGCGCUGCAUCGCACGAGAGAACCGGCUCGAUUGGCACCAACGCCGGCAGCUUGAGCAGGAAGGGCGCCUUCCGCAACAGCGUCAUCGGCUUUAUGGGUGUCCUGUCUGGCAAGCCCACUACAGGCGGACCGGGAGAUGGGCGUGCACCUGGUUCCAGUGGUCAGACGCUCGCGCCUAGCUUCUUGGCAGAGCGAAGGCACAGCGCCAAAUCCGACCAGGACGACAACGUCAGCACUGCCAGUGCUGCCACGCAGGGCACCACCGCCUCGUACCGCCGCAAGAAGGAGGAGGGUAACCUGCCGCUCACCAGCACCACCGCCAUCCAGAUGUCGGGCGAGCAGCCGGGCACCAAGCCCAUCCGUGCUGGCGUGCUCUACUACUUUAACGUGCACGACCCCAACCCACGUUGGCUGCGCGUCAAGGCGGUGCUCCUGCCCUCGGCCGUGGCUAUGAGCUGGAUCCCCAGCGGCGGCGGAAGGGAGAACGUCGUGCUGGAUCUGAGGGCGUGCCGCGAGGUGCACUCGGUUCCCAGUCCCGACCACCCGAGCAGCACUUCCGACAUUGGUGCCGCAUCCGCACGCAGACAGGGGCUCGGCCAGAUCAGCCCCUUCCAGCUCAUCUUUGACGAUGGCGUCGAGAGGCUCGCCGCCGACACCGCCAAGGAACGUGUGCAGUGGGUCAGCGCCGUAUGGGAUGUCACAGGCACGAGGAGCCCCAAGGCCGACAGCAUGCACGAGUCGGCAACCGCCAACUCGGGCCACGAUGCCCUGCCUAGGUCUAGCUCGUCGCCAAAGGCCAAAGGCAGGCCCAUGGCAGAUGCGAGCCCUUCGAGGCCGCUUCUUUCUUCGCUCGGUGCCGGCGUGGCUGGAACGCCAAAGAAGCCUGCGUCAACGAGCAACGAGGAAGCCAUCGACCGCAUCGGGUCCAUCUGGAAAAGCGAACUCUCGUCCGAGCUCACGUCCAAGGACAUGCAUCCGAGCUUUGGAGAGGCGCUGGCAGGCGCCGCAUCGCCACCACCGCCACUGCCGCCCAAGGAACCGAGACCAGCGCCCGCGCUGGUUGCACUCGGCCAGGCUUCCAAGCUAGCCACCUCGAGCAGCACUCCGAGCUCGCAGUCUCCCGGCACAAGGACGACAGCGGCGGUCCCGAUCAGGAGCUCUGCCAGUCCCAUUCGCGCCAAGGUGCGCAGCUGGCAACGGCCGCCCCUGGAUCUCAGCACCGGCUAUGUGCACGACCUCACGCCCAAGACACCUACACUCGUCAAUCCGCCUUCGGACGUCAUCCAUUCGACUCCAGCUUCGUAUGGCGAAGACAAGAGCACCGCUGCGUCGGCGUUGGAAGGAUCUGUGAGACCUUCGGCAGCGGACCAGACAGCGCCUGCGGACGCUUCCAACAAAACUGCGGCCAACGAUGCAGGCGAAGAGAUCUCUCCGGCGUCGUCUCCGGACAUGGACGGCUACGAGUCGGCGCGCUCGCAAGGCAGCUUGGUUGACGAAUUCGGACCACGAACGCCCGUCAGCGAGGCAGUGUUCAAUUGGUCGCGUCUGGACAAGGUGUCGGACCUGGAUCCGAGCGAUUCGGCUUCGCAGCGUCCCGCGCGGAGCGAGUAUGGAACGAUCAAGAGCAACGUUUCCGGCGCGGAGCGCAAGCGCAGCACUCGCAAGAAAGGCGACGACAACGAGGCUACGGAUGCGGCCAAGGACGCUGCAGAGGAGUCAGGUGGUGCUGCAGCUUCGCGCACGCCAGCUCAGUUGCUACGUGACAGCGUCCUUGCUGGGUCGGCCGAGGGCGCCAACGGCUCGGAUGCGCUCUUCAAUGCCUCGCCCGCGGGUAGUCGCCAUCGCCUCGGCACGGUCAUCGAAGAGACGCAGUCGCAAGCCCAGAGCACGCGCAUCAAUGCCUCGGUGCGCAGCAACAACCGCAGCAAGCUCGACGAAAUCGUUGCGCGCGCCAUCGGCACAGGCUCGGUCAAGUCGCCGGCGGCCAAGAGCGCGCUCUCGCUCGUGUCUAGCGGCAGUAUCAGCUCGCGCGACGUGGGCAAGUUGCUCGAGUAUCUCGAAGAGCAGCAAAAGGAGCGGCUCAGCCGCGAGAAGGAGCUCGAGGACCAGAUCCGCGGCUUCCAGCAGGUCGUCUCGGACCUUCAGAAGAAAGGCUCGACGAGCGGCUCGCACCGUUCCGCCAGGAGGAAGAGCUCGACGAGCUCGCUGGGCGGAGAGAGCAAGGCUACCGCCAGGUCCGCCAGGGACUCUGAACUCGCAGCCAUGCAGGAGAAGCUCGACAAGGUGCUCGAUCUGGUCACCAACGUCGUGGCGAGCCCCGUGAUGCACAAGCGCGCCAAGAGCGAGUCGGCGACCAUGCUCACCGCGCACGACGGCGAAGAUGCCGAGCUGGCGCGCAUGGAGGGCGUGCUGGCCAAGCUGCUGCGCAAGAUGCAUGUCUCCGAGGACGUCAACAUGACACCAAGGUCGCAGGCGCUCGUGCGCGCGGCGAUCGAGUCGCGCGACCCGGCGCUGAUGGACGAGUGGGACCGCAUGCCCGUCGAGCUGCGUGGUGAGGAGCUCAUCAAGUCCAUGGAGGACCGCGCAAAGCACGGCCGGGACGGACGCCACGAGGCGAUCCAUGCGGACUAUACGAUGCGAAACGUGUCGUCCGAUAUGGUGCGUGGCGGCAGUGCGCCUGCCGGCGCAGUCGGCCAUCCCGGCACGCCCAUCGAUGUGGACAUUGAUCCCAGAAGACGCUUCUCGGCGACCUUGCCGCAUCGCGUGGCAUCCGGCGCGAGCAUUCCGGCGAGUGUGUCGACGAGCGACAUGGACAACGCUUCGGUGAUGAGCCGCGUCCCACCGCGCAGCUGGUCGUCUGAGCGGGGCGUGCCUUCGCCCCCGCCUAACUCGGUCUGGGAUGCCCAGUCGAUCGGCAGCCGACCCGCGUCGAGGGCCACCACACACAUGGGUAUUGGGGGCCGCGCGCCUGCGCAGAACUUCCGCAUGCUCGGCGACCCUGGAUCCACCCAGGCGACGCCGCGCCCCGUCAUGGUCAAGGCCGAGCCGAGCUACGGCUCGCUCGACAUGGAGGCCGAGAUCCGCCGCCGGCGCGCGCAACAGCAAGCCGCAAGUGGCGCGUCGAUGCCCGGCGCGCAGCUCGGCGGCUGGUACACGCCCAAGGUCGCGGCAGGUAUGGAUGCGCAGGCCUCGACGAGCUCUGUCACGGUCGAUAUGCCCAACGUCGACAAGCCGAUGCCGCCGACGCCGAGCGUGCGCUGGGCGGUCGGAGAUAUCGUUGCGGAUCCCAAGGAGACCGACAGCAUGGGCAAGCAGCCCGACGGUCUCGGGCUAUCCAUGGCAUCGGCGGCCGCUGGGCCCGAGGCAAAGUUCGACGGCCCGCCGCCAACGCCCGGCGUGGGCUAUGCCGCAAGCGCGACAGGAGGCUCGGCGGUCGGCAGCACCAACGGCGAGCUGGCGACGAUCCUGCAGGCGCUCAAGCAGAGCGAGCUGGCGAGACAGACUCAGCUUCAGCAGCAGACCGAGAUCUCGCGCUACCUCAACGAGCUCAACGCGUGGCUCGAGCGCGAUGUCGUCGACCGCUCCAAGGAAUGGCGCACGCUCGCCAGCGGCGUGACGCAGCUGCACGACGAGCUCAAGGCGCUCAAGGAGGGACGUCCACUGCCUGCUUCUGGGUCGGCUGCGAGUCUGCAAGACAAGGCUGGAGCAGUUGGACCGAAUCAGCAUGCAGGCCAGGUACAGCCGCCGACGCUGCUCCGGCCGGGCUCGACGGGUGCCGUGCCUGCGGUCACGGAGCGAGGCAUGCUAGCGCCCAUCCUGCUCAUGGGCGACAGCGCCAAUGCACCGACAUCGCCGGCACGCAAGCGCCCCGCGGGCACACGCAAGUGGAACGAACGCCGAAGCGCGUCGCCAUCAGCCGACGAGGGCGACAAGUCGUGGUACCAGCCGGACGAUGCCGACGGCGGCGUCAAGAGCAGCUUCAAGUCCAAGGCGGCCAAGGCGGCCGCUGCCGCCAGUGGAGCGCUGCUGAUCAGGCAGGCCCUGCGCGAGUGGGAGCGCUUCAAGAUGAUGCAGCGCGCGGCGGGCAAGCCCGAAGACCCGCUGCCGGCGGAAGCGACGGGCAACCCGGAGAUCGACAGCCAGCUGCCGCUUCCGGCGACCACGCUGCAGGCGCUCAAAGACGCCGCGGACAGCGAGGACAACGUGCGGAUCGCUGGGCUGGUGCGCGAGGCGGCCGAAGCAGGCUACGGAACACAGGCGAUCAUUGAGCUGACGCGCUACGUCGAGAGUAAGGCGCCCGAGCCCGAGAGCGACGACACUGCGAGCGACGGCGGCGGCCACCUGGACGGCGACACGCUCAUGCCGACUCCGUCGCCGUACCGCACGCGGUUUGCGGUGGGCGACGAGCCGACGAUCGGCAAGGGCGGCGCAGACGCGGACGACGACAACGACGACGGGGUGGUCAAGAUGCAGACGCCCGUGCCGGCGCGUGUGGUUGCAGUGGCGGACAAGGUCAAGGCCAAGGAGGAGGAAGUGGAGAGCGGCAGUGGUCCCACCACAUCUGCGCUCGCGCUGGCGGUCGAAGAGAUCCUCAAGCAUCUGCUUUCGACUAAAGAGGAGGAAAAGAAGAAGCAGACCGAGGCGCAGCAGCGCGAAGCGGAGCGCAAGCAGGCGGAGGAAGAGCGGCAGCGGUCGCUGCUUUCGGACAAGGAGCGCGAAAAGGCGGAGCUGGUGGACCUGCUGUACAGCCGCAUUGCGGCGGACAAAGCUGCAGAGGAGCAGAAGCAAAAAGAGCUGGACCCGAAGACGGCGAUCGAGUCGCUGGUUGCGGCGAUCAACGCGCAGAAGGAGACGGAGGUCAAGUCGGCGCAGGCGGCGGAUGCGGCGCUGCGACAGAUGACGAGCGACCUGCUCAAGACGACGAGCGAGCAGAACGCCAAGCUGGUGGAGGCGGUCAACGCGGCGAGUCGCGACAUGCUGCGGAGCAACGUGCAGAUGCACGCCGAGGAGUUCAAGCGGCUGCUGCACAAGGAGGUGAGCGGCAUGUUUGAGGACGUGGGCAAGAUCCGCGAGGCCAAGCGGCAUCUCGAGUUUGAGAUCGCCGAUCUGUGGAGCAUCAAGAGUCGGCAUCUGCACAGUGGGGGGCCCAUGCCGAUUGGGUACAAUGUGCCGGGCGCGUUUCCGGCGAGUCCGCCGGUGGGGUUUGCGCCGCCGAUGUCGAUGCCCAUGCCGCAGAUCAUGCCGAUGCCGAUGCACAUGCCGGCGCACGCGCCCGCGCAUAUUUCGCCCAUCCCCGCGCCCGCGCCCGCCCCCGCUCCGGCAGCUGCGCCUAAUGCUGCAGCGGGCGUCGACUCGCUGCGUGCACAGAAGAAGGCUGUCAAGGCGGCGCUCAAGCAGGCGGUUGCGGCGAGUGCGCCUGCGCCUGCUCCGGCGGCAGUCACACCUGCACCCGCACCUGCACCUGCCGCCGCACCUGCACCUGCCGCCGCCCCUGCCGCCGCCCCCGCCGCCCCCGCCGCAGCUCCUGCAGCAGCAGCAGCUCAGGUGGCCGCUGCCGCCAUGCCGGCGUUUUUGGCAAAGAAGAAGGACAUGCUCAAUCCGUUUUCGAUCAACUUUGGCCCGCGGGCGCCGGCCAAGUAA